CAGCUCGGGCAGAUUUAAGGACUGCUGUCGGAAACAAACGUUAGACACUGUGCUGUAGCAGCAGUCGUGCUGAAAAAUUUGGAAUGGUUUUAAGUCAACUGAAAAUAAGCUCACACUCCAGUCUAUCAGCUGCCUGCUUUGAGCAUAACUUGACCAGGCAGAUGCACACAUGACAAGGCGCUCUUUCGUGGUUUUGCAGGAUCUGAACACUCCAAAUGCAGAAAUGAUUUGGCAACUAACAUCUUACUGGACAUCCCUCGUCACACCCCUGAUUUUUGGUCUGCUUCUGCAGCCACCACUUACGCAGCCUUCCGUCAUCACACAGCCAAACAUCGUCCUACUGAUGGCUGAUGAUCUCGGCAUAGGGGAUGUAGGUUGCUAUGGGAAUGAUACUAUCAGGACCCCGAACAUUGAUCUCCUGGCAAAGGAAGGAGUGAAACUGACCCAACACAUCACUGCGGCUCCACUUUGCACCCCCAGCAGAGCAGCUUUCCUCACUGGCAGAUACCCACUGCGAUCAGGGAUGGAUGCUAUAAACAAUUACCGUGUUAUAUUUUGGAAUGGCGGCUCAGGAGGGCUUCCUCCAAACGAAACCACUUUUGCCAAAAUACUGCAGCAGCAAGGCUACAGCACAGGACUAAUAGGGAAGUGGCAUCAAGGUGUUAACUGUGAAUCCCGCGACGACCAUUGUCAUCACCCUUUAAACCACGGGUUUGACUAUUUUUAUGGCAUGCCUUUUACGCUAAUAAGUGACUGCCAGCCAACAGAAACACCAGAGAUGGACCGAGUCUUUAGAGGGAAACUCUGGCUUUACACUCAGAUGAUUGGCCUCGUUACACUCACCGCUGCCCUGGGAAGAUUGACCGGCUUGAUUUCAGUCCGCUGGAAAACUCUGACCUGCCUUGUUGGGUUUAGUCUCCUGUUUUUCGUAUCCUGGUUCUCGAGUUACGGGUUUGUACAACGCUGGAACUGCAUUAUGAUGAGAAACCACGAAGUUACUGAGCAGCCAAUGGUGACAGACAGGACUACGUCCCUUAUCCUGAGAGAGUCCAUUUCGUUUAUUGAAAGAAAUAAGCACAAGCCAUUCCUCCUCUUUCUUUCCUUUUUACACUCCCACACCCCUCUCCUCACCACAGAGAAAUUUCUUGGGAGGAGCCGUCAUGGUUUAUAUGGAGACAAUGUAGAGGAGAUGGACUGGAUGGUGGGCCAGGUUCUAAAUGCUAUUGACAAGGAAGGCUUGAGAAAUACUACACUAGUUUACUUUGCCUCUGAUCAUGGUGGAUGGCUGGAAAGACAAGAAGGCAACAGGCAGCUGGGUGGCUGGAACGGAAUAUACAGAGGUGGAAAAGCUAUGGGAGGCUGGGAAGGAGGGAUCCGUGUCCCAGGGAUAUUUAGGUGGCCAGGUGUGUUACCUGCAGGCACAGUUAUAGACGAACCUACAAGCCUUAUGGACAUUUAUCCUACAGUAGUUCAUCUGGCUGGAGGGGUACUACCCCAGGACAGGGUAAUUGAUGGCCGGGACCUGAUGCCUUUACUGCAAGGAAGAGUUGAGCACUCAGAGCACGAGUUCCUGUUUCAUUACUGUGGCAUUCACUUACACGCUGCGCGGUGGCACCAGAAGGACAGUGGAGCCAUCUGGAAGGCUCAUUAUGUGACCCCCAUCUUCCGUCCUCUUGGAGCUGGGGCUUGUUAUGACAGAGGAUUUUGCCCAUGUUUUGGGGAAGGUGUGACCCAUCAUGACCCUCCGUUGCUGUUUGAUCUCUCGCGAGACCCUUCUGAAGCCACACCUCUGUCAGCUGACACCGAGCCCCUCUUUGACGCUGUGAUAAGGAAGAUUGGAAGAGCCAUAGAAGAGCAUCGCAGGACACUGACUCCAGUCCCACAGCAGCUCUCCAUGUACAACGUGGUGUGGAAGCCGUGGCUGCAGCCGUGCUGUGGGACGUUCCCAUUCUGUUGGUGUGAUAAGGAAGGUGAUAAUUAACUUGCUGAGCUAUAAAGAACCAAAGUUGCUUCUUCAAAAGUGUUUUUAGAGCAAGAGUGUUUUCUUUGAGGGUGUUGAUUGGCAGGUUGGUGGUUUGUUUUAAUGGAGCCUUUAUUUGAGAACUGUUCCAGUGAAUGGCACAAUAUUCGGUAAAGGUGGCUUUAGGCUGGACAUUCUCUGGGAGGGAUCAAGACCGAAUGAUCUGAAGAGCAUCUUUUAACUUGCAUCUACUGACAACUGAAUGAAUAGUUCAAGUGCACUGAAGCAGGCCAAGAGCAGAGCUGUACAAGUAGCGAUAUAACUUAUGUUUUGGUGUUUAUGAAUAUAUAUUUAGAACCUUUGUUUUGUUUUUUUGUUCUGAAUUUCUAAGCGGUUCCUGAACUGAAGUCUCCCUUAAUUUUGUUGUCCUUACUAGUGAUACAUAAGAUGCCCCUAUAAUAAAUUUUUGCAGAAUAGUGCUUCCAAAAUAAUUAAGAAAUAAUUUUGCCCACAGUUCCUCACAGAAUCUCCUUUAGAAGUAAAUUCCUUCUUUCCUUGUAUCUCAUCCCUCCAGUAGCAGAGACGAUGGCAGCUGGUUAGCCUGGGGCUUCUGGAUCAGCAGAAAUUGCCUGGGUGAGGCAUAAAGCUCGGAACCGUGGCAGGCUGGGUAAUGCUGUCUGCACCUUCUGAGAAGGAUGGGACUCCUCUGAUUGCAGUCAGCCUCUUCCGAUUGAGAACACAAAAGGGAAAGGAUUUUCCCUUUCCAAAGCUCCCACUGCAGCCAGCUCCCUAAGCAGCACUGGCAAGGGCACAGUGGCGUUGAUGGCCACAGAAGUGCCACGCCGACAACCAGGUCAGUCCUUUGGGCUCAGGACUGCAGGAGUUACCUUGCUGCCCAUAUCUCAGCCAUACUUGGUUCCUGCUAACAAGUGGUACGUUCGGGAAAGAUUUGUCUGAAAGAUGCCCAAUGCUAAUUAUAAAAACAAAUAAACUUUAAUUUAGUAUUAAAAAGAAAAAAUAAGAAUUAAGGUAUUUUUUGCUUCACAAGUUAAAUUUUCAUCUCACCAAACAGCUAGAUUUACUUAGAUCUAUCUCCUUUGCUGCUGUAAAUUCAGUUCUUUCCUUCUUUGUGUUAAAAUAGUUGUUCCUAUUAAAGUAGCCUUGCAGGUAAUUCUUUUCGUUGUAGGGUACAAUAUAGACAUAGACAAGUUUACAGUGAAUAUGUAAGCACCUGUGAACAUAAUUUUCCCAUUCAAUUUAUUUGACAUGUUUUUUACUAUUUUUCUAACUACCAAGCUAGGACCCAUUUCUCUUGUUCACUGCCUUUGAUAAAUGUUUGGUUUAUGUUGGUCAUAUUCCCCUCCGUGUUUCCCACAAUUCAGCCACCAGGAAAUCUGCAGGUAAACAAAGUUCUACAACUUUAAAAGCAAAGUUUUAUUCUUUGCUGUGACCUCAUGCAUUUCACAGGCUAUUAUAAUUCACCCAGAUGCUCCAUCAGUGCUAUUGAUGAGAAAGGCACUCAGUCUUACUGUGAAAACUUCAAGUGAAUCCAUCACUUCACAUGUACAGAUUGUUGCUCAACUUCCUCCAUUGUUAAGAGUGUGUGCUUUAUUUCUCAUUUGAAUGUAUUCUAUUUCACUGGUUCUUUCUUUGCUAGAUUUAAAAGUCUUUUCAUAUUCAAUGAUGUGCAAUGUUUUCUUUACAUGAAAUUACUGUAAUCAGACUGGCAUUUUUCAAUUUUCUCAGUCUUUUUCCAAGAUCUCACUUCCAUUCUCAAGCCAGUUUAGUAUCUGGGAUUUUACAUCCUCUCAGUUUUUCAACACCUUUAAAAAUGUGUGGGUAUAAUACCUGUUCAUAUGAUUGAAUCAGUUUUUCUUGCACAGAAAUACUUCAUAGCACUGCAGGAUAUCCAUUUGGAGACAGAGAGUACAGGAAGACAUCUGAGCUAGAAUUCGUCCUGGACACUGGUGUUUGUCCAUGUAAGCACAGUUAUCAGGUCCUGCUGAUAUGCAAAGUGCCAUGGGAUCAGCAAAUGUUUAGGGCUUGGUAACACGGACAUUACACGUGGAACGGUCAUGGGCAGUAAUAAAGGCUGCCUUGACAAAACCAUACUGUCUUUCUUGUGGGUAGGCAGCAGAUGAUGGUAUCCUGCUUUCUUGUGCAGCUGAAGCAGAAAAACAAUCUUUUAAAAUUUGUUUAAUUUCCUUUUUUGGGGGGGAAAUUCUAACCUUACUUUCAUCUAUGUUAAGCAGACGGCCACCUCCUCCAGCCACCCCAGCCCAGGACCCUCCUGCCCGGCUGCUGGAGCCCAGCCUGGAGACUCGGGGUCUCUGCCCAGGCUGGGGGACACGGCUGCCGCUUUCCCCCUUGCAGGUUCAACCCGUGGUGAAGCUGAGCGUGUAUCCCAGAGACACACGGACAUGCACACAUGCCCAGGGCAUGGCCAUGGCCAGUCGCUGUCUCCACGUAUUGUGUUGGCAUGUAUUGUGCAGUCUGAGGAACGUGGCAUUGGCUGACAAGCAGUUUUGAUAGACUCCAAAUGGGAUUUUUUUAGAUAAAAACAAAGUAGUACAUCAAAAUAGUCUCCUUGAUAGUAAGUAUAAUGAACAUCCAUUUUCACACAAAUAUCUCCCACUAUUAGGAUUACUUCAGGCUGUUUUCCACUUGAACAAGAAGUGUAUGAUUAAGGCAGGUAUUUCUUUAGGGUAGUCUUAUUCACUUACAAAGAAUGUACCAUCUCCUGUACAUUCUAUAAAUAGCACAGGAACCGGUUUCUCUUUUUGCUGUUCUUAACCUCUUCUUGUCAUCAAUUUGUUUGAAAGUCCUUUUUUUCAGAGGAAUUUUUCACCUUCAGGCUAUUCCUCCUUUUCCAUUUGUUGUAUAGCCAUCGUGGCAGAGAGAGUUGCAGUUUCUCACAGCUGGGCUACCAGCUCUUCCCCAUGUCGAGAGAGCAUCCAGAUUUAUUUUACAAACUGAAAGAUCUAACCGUUAAUAUUUACUAACAUAUUGCAACCUAUGCUUUGAGCUUAUUUGGGGGUUUGGGGUAUUUUUUGCCAUUGCUUGUCAUUUUCAGCUUUUUGGAAGCUUAUUUAAAUCAGUGAAAACUGCCAAUUUCAGGAUAUUUGAGACUGAGAUUUUUACACAUUGUUAAUUUAUUUAUUGUUGCCACACCUGGCAGGAAGCUGCAAAAAACCCCAAGGCUAUUCCUCUUUGCUUUGCAGGAUCCUGAGAUAUAAAACUCAGAAAAUACAUAGUAAAUAAAGUGUUGCAGAUAAGAAAAAAGUCCCCUAGGAAAAAAAUAACAUUCUA